CGUGUAGUCUUGUGGACUUAGAUUUUAAUAGUGGGCGUGAACCAACAGCAUGGCACAUGGAUACUUGCUAACUCUUGAACUGUUAGAAUCAGCUUUUGGUCCUCAAGGCCUUAAAGUGCUAUCUGACAGUCCACAGAAGCAGACUCUCUGCUCUUCUGGUAAAGACUUUAUCGACGAGUUUAAGCAAGUCAACCCGCUGCUCACAAGAGCGGCUGAACAAACUAAUUCUCUUGUUGGGGACGGUGUUAAGAGGUUUCUCCUCAUCUCUAUGGUAGCAUUGCUCCAGGCUAAAAAAGAAUCCUCAGGAUCGCACUAUAGAGAAAUACUUUUACAAGUAUCGAAGCAUCUUGGAGAAUGUGAUGUUUUGACUACAUCUAUUGUUAGUGGGAAGACAUCUAUUAGGAAUGUUCAGAAGGUGGUAUUCAACUUGAAAAAAUCACUUUUGCUGACUCCUAUAACGGACAAAAAUGCUUUACGAAGCACAUGCCUAAAACUGAUCAUGACAAGUUUUGGGAACGGAUGCUCAUACAUGGCUAAAAGAAGAUUAAAGGAAAUACUAACCGAAAUGUUAUUUCCACAAAAUUCUCCUCCGUGUCUUGCUGAGAUGAAAGAGCAUAUCAGAAAUUGUCUAGCAGCUCUUUCAUUCAACCACCUCCUCCACGUUCCAUUAUCAGUCAUGGAGACAAGAGUUGCUGAAGGGUUCUUGUUGGAUAGCAAUCUUCUUUCAGAACCUCAACUGGCUUCUGGAGAAAGUGUUAUAACUGCGCUCCUGUUGUCUGGCCUGGAUCUAGAAUCAGCUGGAGCCUGUGUCGAGAUUAGAAACAGAUCCCAGCUCCAACAGGUGGUCCACUUUCAAGAGCGCUUUACAAACCGAGUCGUGCAGUAUUUGGUGCAAAACAAUGUGAGGCUGCUACUGUGCUCUGGGAAAUUAUCAGCAGGUUCUCUCCACACAAUUAGAGGGAGCCAUAUAGGAGUGGUUCAGCUGAUUCCAGGGGAGGUACUCGUGUCUAUAGCGGAGGUGAACCACACCUACCCCUUCUCAAAUGCUGUGGAAAUGAUACGCUCUGGAAACUCAUCUUCAUUGAUAAUGGUCAAGUGCAGUUCGAUGGAUGUUGGCAGAAAAAGAUACACUCUCUUACAAACGUCUUCUCUCUCCGGUACCUCUGCUGAUCCGUACGCUCUGAUUCUUUGUGCCCCCACACUUGCACAGUGCCACACUGUCAUGAAGCUGAUGAGACGAGCUCUAAGGGUCGUCGAGAACUGGCUGAGAUCGGUAUCAGAGAAUAACGAGCUUGUGUGCGUACUGGGGGGAGGGGUGUGGGAGGUGGAGCUAGUCAGGGAAAUGAAGAAUUACAUCUCUACCAAAAACCUGGUCAGAGGGAGUCCGGAGUGGAUAGCUGUGGACUCUCUGAUUCAAGCCUUCUUGUCGGUGCCUCAGGCCCUAUACUGCAAUACCCUACCCCCGACACGAAGGCGGUCAGCUGUCGUUAAGAAGUUACUCCAUCAUAAUGUCUUUGAUACAUCUGACGAGUCUCUGGUUGGAAUUGACAUAAUCAAAGGUUGUGUUGUGAAUGUGGAGGCUAGUGGUGUGUCUGUGUGGUCUGCCCUGGAGCCAGCAUGGUCUACACACUAUCUGUUUGCAUCUGUGUGCAAGUUCCUCGCACAAGCUCUGAGAGUGGAUAACACGGUUAGUGUCCCAAGACUCGUCACUGAAUCGUUGAGAGAGUUGAGCCCCGAUUCUGAGGACUGAUAUUAUGUAUAUAAUAUACACAAACAUUAAUGUUCAUGUUAUACAGUAGUCGACUCUCUCUAUUCCCGCUUUCUGAAGUACGGCCACUUCAAUAUUCCGGCCAUUUGGUUUGGAAGAUAAGCAUUCAUUAUUCAGUGGGUUUUUUU